ACUAGCAAUUCGUUAUCUGCCCAAGGUGCUUUUCAAACAAACUCCAUUUAGAGUAAUAAACAAAUAUCAAUGGGUAGAGGUGAAAAAAUUGCGUGAAUACGUUAAUUAUUAUGGAGUAUUUCAGUUAAAUAACGUUGAUGAAGUAGAAGCGCCGCCUCCAGGAUUAACUAGCAAGCUGUUAACGGCGAAUGGCCAUUUUGUGCGUGACAGCUCAAUGGGACAGAAGAGACACUUUAGCAUUUUUUUUUCUGUUACGAGAAUAAUUGAUACAUGAUAAAAUCAAUCUGCACGAUGACUACCCCGAUAAUUUCUCGUGAAUCUUGAGGACAUGAAUUAUGAUAAUGAAGUGUUAUGAAUUCAAUGUUUCAUUGGUAAAAAUGAGUAACGUAUGACAAAGGCGUCGGCUGACCCGAUGAUAAUAAUGCUCAGCCAAAGUGUAUGUUUUGUGGGGAAUGUUGGUUGGGAUUUAGUGUUACAUGUUUGACAUUAUCGUUAUUUGCCAAUAUCGCAUUCGUCACUCCCUUGGUUCAGCUUGCUCGACAAAUUCUUAGCCUGCGGUUGAAUUAUUCCUGGUUAAAAGUGUGACACUCGUUGUGAGUGAUAGAGCGGGAAAAUCAGAUCAGACACAUUGUGAUAGAGGAAAAUGGGGUUACGCCAGUGGAGGGAGCGGGGGACCUCCCUCGAUGAGGAGUACAGAGGUCCCAACACCAACUCGGACGUCUCCAACGCCGUCCUUCAACGGUGAAUGUCCCCUCUCAAAUUCAACCAAUACAAGGGCUCAAACUGCCCACAGAACCAAAUCGCGAGUGGAUGCAAUGUUGGAACGUGCCCUGACACAGCCGCAAAAGUGUUCAGUAGAUCCUCUCGAUAACGCUCACAGCUGGGGCAUACCAAUCUGGACUACCGUGAGUUUUCAAAUUUGGCUGGACAAGAUAUACUCAUCGCUGAGAGACAACGCCAAUCUGAAGUGCAUUAGACGGAAUAGUUCUGCUGAUAAGGACAUUAAAGUCAAAGAGUUUGACAAGUCGUAUAUAAAGUUUGAGUCGUUCAAGAGGGACACGAGACCUGUUUUUCUCGAGUUGUCUGUGUGGCCUACUCUUAAUUUGGAGGGUGAACCUGGCACUUGUCCCUUCGACAGGAAGAAAAAGGAGGAGGAAGUCAAGGUAGAGAAAAAGGAGAAGUCUGAUUCAAAACGAGACAUGACACGUAGAUCACGCGCUACGGCAACUAGAGCCAGAAGGUCCGAGCAAUUGGUCGCUGGUUAUUGUGAAAUAUGCCGAAUUGAUUACCGAGAUCUCAAUAAACACGUGCAGAGUGACAAACAUCUUGCUUUCGUUCGUAAUGACGAUAAUUUUCUGUCGCUCGAUACACUCAUUAAUUCGGGCGCCAGUGUCGAGGCUUUUCUCAAACUCAAUCAGACUGACGAUGUCGGGCAGGAUUUAUUCACCAAUGGAACUGAUAAACUUCAUGGCGUUGUAAUACACAGCGAAAAAUCGGACAAAAAAGUGAAAUCAGCGAUCAACGAUUAUCACGUUGAUGAACUAAAAAUGGUGCAGUGUAAUGGUGCAAGACGUAAGCUCAAUAUUAAAUUGAGUUCACCUCAUAAUUUACGUGCGCGUACUAAACACGAGAGUGGACAUUUACUGCGUUCCAAAGGUAGUCCACGACAUGAGGUUGAAAAAUCGGACAAAUUUUACGACAAGUUCGAUGGUUUCACCAUCAAAAAGCGAGCUAAAGGCACAAUAUGGAUUGAGGAGGACGAUCCACCGGAUGUUAAAAACUGUGUGAAUGUCAAAACUGACUCCAAAAAUCCAAUUGUCGAGGAUAAAAUUCCCCUAAGUGAGUUGAAUGAUGCAAGGCCCAUGAAGAGUAAAGAAAGUCGUACCCCGAAUGACAAAAAAUCCCAAUUACUGAGAGUAGAUGACCGCAAGGAGAAGAAAUGUGUGCCCUUGGAGAAUGGACAGGAUAGAGCACCAGCAAAUGAAUCAUUGGAAACAAAAGCUCUCAACGGUGACUCGAGAUUGGGUGCAGAGCCUGAGGAAAAAUCACAAGGAAAGUGCCAAUUUCUUAAUGGUUCUGUAAAAGCUCUAUCAACUUGUCCCGAUCUAAAUAAUAAACUCGACCAAAAGAACGAGGACAAUGAAGAAGACGAAAUAAGUGAGAGUGAGGUUGAGGUGACAGACUGUAAUCAAUUGAAACUCGGUGAUAAAAAUCAACGAAUCGUGAGAAUCUCAGAGAGUGAAAAACAGGAGAACAGAGAGGAAAAAAUUAAACCGAAACAGACGAAACGUGGAAUGAGAUCAACGAGAACACGUCCGAGACUAUCAGUUGAGGAACGUCUGAUCGAGGAUAAUCGUGCGUAUUACAAGGUUGAGGUACUGGGAAACAAGUUGAGAUCGAGUACAUCUCAGUGCGGUACAGCACCUAGUGCACCGAGUACUAUUAAAGAAUUAAAAGAAGCUGAACAAGUUAAAGAGCCGGAACACAUUGAAGAGACAAUAAAGAAAGAGAAUGAGCCUUCCAGCGAAAAACCAGUAGUUGUGCGAUUCAAAAGGGUACGAAAAUCAGAGUUAUCACUUCUGAGUGAUGAAGCCGAAUCAUUCAUGUUCGGUGAUUCGAGAAGAGAUGACUCGACAGAUGCCAGUGAUACAGCUGAAGAUGGAAGCAAUAGUAGUAUAUUACCUGGGGAUACUGAGAGCGAUUGUGAUCGCAGAAAUUCAUCAAGUAUCGUUUCAUCACCGACGAAUAACACUCCUGUUAAACAAGAGUCUAUUCUCAUGGACGAUGAUUCUCAGGACUCUGUGUACAUGGGACGUGCCAGGAAGAGAAGACGCACCCAGACAGAGGCGUUGAUAAAGGAUAAUACGGACUAUUACAAAUUCGAGACACCUGGUAGCAGAUUGAGGUUUCAAGUCUCACCAACUGCUGUUAAGCAUGAAAUAUCCAGUGAUAUCGCGAAAGUUUUGGAUAAUGAUGGAUCCCCCAAAGUUAGCUCCCCUAAACUCCAAUCAGACACUGAUAAUAGAGACAAUAAUGGGGACAAGAGUGAUAGUGUAAAUUGUGAAAAACUUUAUCCGUCCAAGCCUUCAGCUGAAGUUGAAAAAAUGAAAUUUUCUUUUGAAUCUGUACCGAAAUCUGAGCCGUGGUAUCAAACUUAUCAGCGUCAGGAUGAGGGGGCCGAGUUUUGGCAUUAUUCAAGUGAAUCUGACUGGAGGAAGCCCUUCCUUUUACCCUAUGAGAUUGAAAAUUUCCACGAGAAUCUACUCAAACUCUGCCAGAAAAAUGAUGCCAGGAAGAAAGCCAAGGCUGCAAAAAUCGGGCCCAAUUCAUCUGGUAGAUCACCGAGGAAGAGCCCGAGAUGUCAUGCCUCGACUUUAGCGAUAAUGUCGACGAUAAUCCGGAAACGAGAGCAGCAGUCUCAUUCCUCGAGUACUAGUAUUGCUGAUGAGGAGUCACGAUCAAGAACAACAACACCCAAACCCGAUAAUAAAUCUGAUAAAUCCGAUAAGCCCAGUACUGAUCUUGAAAUUCAUAAAAUAGCUAAGAGCAUAGAUGACAUGCUGAAUGCCGAUGUGGAUUUUGUUGAUGACUCCUUUGAGGUUGAUACAAUGGCAACGAUCGUCGAGAAUGAAAAUGGUAAUGAACGACACGAGUCUGAGAUAUUCAAAAAUCCCUCAUCCUCGUUGCGAAUACCCGGAGCUCCAGAGAAUCUCCUGGAAUUGCUGGACAAUUGUCAUCAACACAUGACUGGCAUUGAUAAUUCGUCGUGUGCCAGUUCUGAAUGUGGUGAGUUGCUGAUUGAGUCGCCCUUGAAACGGCGAAAACGGAGGAAAAAUCGUACCGGUUGGCCAGGAAGAAUUCGUAGGAGAUUGCAAGUGAAGCCAGUAAUUACUCAAGAUGUUGAUUCUGAAAGGGAGAAUCUGCCAACUCAGCCCCGUCGGCAUCAAGGCACUGGCGGUGAAGAGGAGGAGGAGGAAGAGGAUGAAGGAGAGGGAGAGGAGGACGAAGAGGAGGAAGAAGAGGAAGAGGGCGACGAAGAUGUCAAUCCGGGGAGGCAUAAGAUUGACAAAUGCGAUGAAGAAAAAACAUCCAACGAUGAGAAUCACGAGAAUGUGUUCAGGAGUGAUAAUAAAUCAUCCCCGACAAAACACAUUGGGCCAAAAUCGUUGAAUCGAAAACGUCGAGAUCCAAAUCGAGAAUUGGGCAGACCUUCCUCAUCAGACACCCUCGACUCCAAUUGUGAAAUUGAAAACGAGGACUCGGGAUACAGGAGGAAGGGACAGACGACGAUAAUAUCGCGUAAAAAUUACACAACUGGAAAAUUAUCAUCAAAAGGAAAACAGUCGGAGUGUGACGAGGAGGGCAAGGAUGUGACUGAGGUAGAAACAAAUUCCGUUGGUGGUCAGAGUGAUUCGGUGGAGUGCCCAAGAACAGAAUGUGCCAAUAGUAAUUCUACGAAGGGUAUUAAGAAGUCGACGACAAAGACACGAACACGUCAGCGUAAAAGUACAUCGGGAGAGACGGCGUUUGAUAGUGAAAGUUGUAAAAAGGAGUCGUUGGAUUCUGAUCCUGUGGAGGGCCCACUCUCCGAAAGAAUAAGUCCAGUUCCUCAACAAGCUGGGGAGAUGCAGCACAGACGUUCGAGCAUUGAAUUUCAGCCUGUUGUCAGGGUGAUGAAAAUCGACGAUCAAGUCGAUAUGGAUCACAGUAUUCUCUCAGUAACGGUCGCGAGUAAUCGUCGAUUGAGAAGCUCCAGUUCUCCAAGAUCGCGUAAUUCACCACCAGCUAAGCGAUACAAAAGAUCGAGGGGGCCAUUUGGUAGAUGGAUGAAAGACAGUUGAGAGAAUUGUAUGAAAUCAGGGGUUUUAAUCAAGGAACCGGUGUAAAAAAAAUUAAUUGAAUUACAUUUUCAGUAAUUUUCUGUGAAUAUUGAACAUUUAAUCUUCAUUAGAUCAUUAAAUAUCAUUAACGUUUAAUGUACAAAGUGAGCAGAUCCGUAUUUGUCUUAUGUACUUGAGUAUUUAACGUCCUUUCACAUUGUAAAAUUCUCGAUUGUAUUAUUACCAUUAUCACUAUUAUUAUCGCUAUUAUUGCAACAUUAUUAUUAUGAUUAUUAAUAUCAUUAUUGUCGUCAUUGGUAUGUUUUUUUUCUAGACGAGAGACAAGUUGAGUUGAAAUUGAUCUUGGAAUGUUUUAAUUUCUCCUUCAAAUUGUAUAUAAUUUUUUUUUAUCUACCUUCCUGAUGCUACGGGAUUGAAGACUGGAUACAGCUUUACGAUAGUGUUCUUUCUCCUCUCAAAAACAUUUUUGCUGCCAUCACUUUGUGAGGUACAAGCAGAAGGACAUUAAUAAAAUAUAUCAUGUUUUUUUUUAUA